AUGAGCGAGGAGCGGGCCCCCACGAAGCGUGAAGCCCUCAGUGUCGUGAUGUCAUUGUUCGAUCCGCUCGGACUACUAUCACCGCUCACCAUGCCCGCCAAGAAGUUCAUGCAGGAGACCUGGAGGUACGGCACCGGAUGGGACGAGCCCAUACCGGAGCAGCUCGUCCCCAAGUGGACGGCGUGGACAAGAGAUCUACAACAAGUAAGAAAAAUAAAGAUUCCCCGCUGCUACAACCUGCAGCCUGAAAUGGUAAGUGAAAUGCAUACCUUUGUCGACGCGAGUGAAGAGGCAUACGCCGCAGCUGUCUACAUUCGUAUGGUGCGCGAGGACGGAGCAGUACACACGGCGCUCGUGGCAGCCAAAAGCCGCGUAGCCCCGCUGAAGCCGACGUCCAUCCCGCGCCUGGAGCUGCAAGCUGCUCUACUGGGUACCCGCCUCGCGAAGACUGUGGAGAAAGAACUAGAAGUCGAGCUGGUAAGGAAAACAUACUGGAGCGAUUCCCGCACAGUGCUGGCGUGGAUACGCGCCGAGCCGCGGGCCUACAAAACAUUCGUCGCGCACCGCCUCGCCGAAAUAGAGGAAACAACGAAAGUCAGCGAGUGGCGAUGGGUGCCGACGAAAGAAAACGUGGCCGACGACGCGACGCGCGCCACACCCACGGACUUCGGAGCCGCCCACCGAUGGUUCAGCGGGCCCGAAUUCCUGAAAAAAGAAGAAAAAUUCUGGCCGAAAGAAGGAAAACCGGCGGAGAAAACGGACACGGGUGAAGAAAAGUGUUUUGUCGCACGAUACAUCGCGCUACAAGACAGUUUACCCGACAUCGAACGCAUAGGAAGAUGGAAGACGUUGAUACGAGCUACAGGUCGUGUACUACAGUUCAUUGACCUCUGUCGUUCCCCGCGAGAAACCGUGGCAGCUGUGCGACAACGCACAAAGAAGAAUAAAGAAAAGGAUGCGGCCUGGGACUCGCGGCGAUCGAAGAAAGGAAAAUCCGCGACACGAAUGGAUCUAGUUACGCGAAGAAAAUACGUCGCACUCGACGCACGGUACCUCACUCGUGCCGAGGCACUCUGGCUGCGCCGAAUGCAAGAAGAAUCCUAUAGCAAAGAAAGAAAACGAAUGGAAGAAAACCGUUCUCCAGCGGCGGGAGACCGCCUCGCCUCGCUGAGCGUCCACCUGGAGGAGGGCCUCAUCAAGCUACGGGGUCGAGUAGCAGCCGCAGAAGACAUCAGCCGGGAAACCAACAACCCGGUUAUCAUGGAUGGCAGCCACAGGUACACGAAAUUAUAUAUCCAACAGAUACACGAAGAAAUGCAUCACGGCGGAGUAGAAGCAACCGUGAACGAGAUCCGGCAGAGGUUCUGGGUGACCCGGAUACGCCCCACAGUCAAGGGUGUGAUCCGGGCCUGCCUGGCCUGCCGCAUACGCCGAGCCAAGCCAACGUGUCCGGCAACGGGCGACCUGCCCGUCGCCCGGCUGGCGCACCACGCGCGGCCAUACACCUUCACAGGGCUUGACUAUUUCGGCCCUGUGGAGGUCACCGUGGGCAGACAUCGAGAGAAGAGAUGGGUGGCCCUCUUCACAUGUCUCACCAUGAGGGCCGUCCACCUGGAGGUGGUGACGUCUCUCAGCGCCGACUCCGCCAUCGCAGCACUGCGGAGGUUCGUCGCCCGACGAGGACAACCGACUGAACUAUGGUCGGACAACGCGACCUGCUUCAAGGCCGCCGAGAAGGAGCUACAACAAGAAUGGGAAAAGUAUAAGAGCGAAGUCAACGCCCGCCGCAUCAACUGGCGGUACAUCCCUCCGUCCGCCCCCUUCAUGGGCGGUGCGUGGGAGCGGCUGGUGCGGAGCGUAAAGGAGUCCCUGCGAGUCACUCUACACGAGCAGCAUCCGAGCGACGAGACCCUCUACACACUCCUUGUAGAGGCGGAAAACAUCAUCAACUCGAGACCACUUACCUAUGUCUCGGUUGACCCCGAGGAGCCCGAGGCCUUGACCCCCAACCACAUACUGCUGGGGUCGGGCUGCCAUGUACCUGCUCCAGGAAGAUUCGAAGAAGAAAAGACAUCGGCGCGGCAGCUGUGGAAGCGCGCGCAGCACCUGGCAGACGUGUUCUGGCGGAGGUGGGUGAGGGAGUACCUCCCACUCCUCCAGCACCGCCGGGAGCCACAUACCCGAGGCUCCGAUCCCGCGGUGGGUGACGUCGUUAUCAUAUGCGACUCGAACCUACCGCGCAACAUCUGGCCACGCGGGAAGAUCAAGAGGACAUAUCCAGGCAAGGACGGCGUGGUACGGGUCGUGGACGUGGAGACCGCGAACGGCCACGUUCUCCGGCGGCCCACCAAGAAGAUCGUCGUGCUACCGGGGGUGUCGCCUGCGCGACCGGCGGGAGAAAUGUGCACGACAGACAGUAAAUAG